UAUUCGGUUGCAGUUGUGCGGUAGUUCACGCCUCGUGCUUCUUGAUGAAAGUAUUUUCUUUUCGGACAUCAUGACGCACAUUUUAGUGGAAUGCUUUAACGACGAUAAGUGGGACGUUUAUCCGGUGAAGUGGUUGGCUCACCCAACAACUAGUCUUCUACUGAUGUGCGAGCCUGACGGUUUUGAUGAGUUGCGUGGCAGAGGCCAUGAUGCCUGUUGGAGAGAAGGCACCCCGAAACAGUCGCAGCCGCACUUCUGAAGAUAGCUCGUCGAGGCCCAGCUCGUCGAGGCACAGCCGCGAGACGGUGUCUUCACGACACAGCAGCACUGCACCCGCGCAAUUCAGCUCACCCGAUGACCUGCCGUCGCCCCCCUACAAUGCCGCAAUGGAGGCGCUGCGGCGGAUGCGGCCCCCGGCCAAAGGUGCAACGCCGGUCAGCGACCCGGACAGCAUGCUUCCGUGCGGCCACCACGUGAACGCGAUGCUGGUCGCAUGCUAUGGCACCCUGGCCGCGGGCACCGCACUCGGGUUCGCCUCGGCUGCCAUGGCGUCCAUUGAACGCCAGUCCUGGUACGACCUGCCGCGUGUGCCGCCUCAGAACAGGUGGAUCGCCGACAGCCUCUUCCUGGGAGCCAUCAUGGGCGCUCUGUCCUCGGGCUUGGUGCUGCAUAUGGUCGGCUACAGAACAAGUAUGUUGCUCUCUUCAGCCGGCCUAAUCAGCUCCUGGAUAUGCAUGGCCUUGGGAAGCAGUGUCAGCAUGGUACUGGUCGGCCGGGUAGCUUGCGGUCUCUUUGUGGGUGUUGCUGCCAACUGCGCCUGCCUCUAUAUCGCCGACGUCGCGCCUCCGGCCAAGAGAAGCACCUACGGAGGUCUUCCGGAGGUUGCCACGAGUGCCGGAAUUCUGACGGCUUACUUAAUGGCUGGAUUCCCGUGGGAAGUGCAGGCAGGUGGUUGCGCUCUCGCUGCUAUUCCCACGCUUGCGCUGCAGCGCUACAUUAUCGAGAACCCACGCUGGCUUCUGGCGCAAGACCGCUUUCUCGAUGCUGACACGGCCGUGAUGCGCCUCUACGGCGUCGACCCUCCAGCUGAAUUCCGGCAACACAAAGGCAAUGAGCCCACACAGCAGCAGGGCACCGCAGCUUCCUACCGAUGGCCGAAGGAAACCAGGUCGACGAAGUCGAGCCGCCACUCGCUGCCAGCGCGGCAGCCGACGGCGGUGUCGCCGCAGAUGAGUCCGUCUCUGGAGGUGCAGUCGACGUCCCCGCCGUUCAACGCCGCCAUGGAAGCGCUGCGAAGGUUGAAGCACGCGGCCAAGGGCGCCACGCCUGUCACCGACCAGGACAGCGUGCUGCCGUGCGGCCACCACGCCCGCGCCAUGAUGCUCGCGUGCUCCAGCGCCCUGGCCGCCGGCAUGGCGCUCGGUUUUGCCUCGGCCGCCAUGCCCGCCAUCGAGAACCGUUACCGGCUUGACUUGCCGCACGGGCCACCCGACAACCGCUGGAUUGCCGACAGCCUCUUCCUGGGGGCCACCGUGGGCGCUCUGCUCUCGGGCUUUCUGCUGUACCUGGUGGGUCACCGAAGGACGCUGCUGCUUUGUUCGUGUGGCCUAAUCAGCUUCUGUGUUUGCUUGAUGGUGUCCAACAAGGUCAGCAUGAUAAUGGUCAGCCGGGUGGCUUGCGGCAUUGUCGUGGGCGUUAUCACCAACUGCGUCUGCCUUUACGUCGCCGACGUCGCUCCUCCGGCCAAGAGAACGACCUACGGAGGCCUCAUUGAGGUGGCCAUGAGCGCAGGCGUGCUGGGUGCUUAUACCUUAGCAGGCUUCGCCUGGCAGCAACAGGCGGCUGGUUGCGCGAUGGCGUCGAUGCCCGUGCUGGCGCUGCACCGCUACGUGGUCGAGAAUCCGCGGUGGCUGAUGUCCAAGGGUCUCUCGCUUGACGCGCACACAGCCGUGAUGCGUCUGUACGGUGUCGACCCUCCACCCGACUUCCGUGACCGCAAGGCCGAAGCCGUCCAGGAGCAGCAGAUGAGCGCCACUUCCAAGCGCGUGUGGCCCAAACAUGCGAGUAUGGUCUCCACAUGCUUUCUGCUGCACCUCCUUCAAAACAUCUCGGGCGCCCAACUUUGCCUGCUGCGUGCUAUUCAGGUGAUGGGCACCACGGUGGCAGAAAUAGCGCCGCAGCCACUGGCCGCAGUUUUGGUGGCCGCGCACUUCGGUUGUGCCAGCCUUGCCGCCGCUUUGACGAAGGCCGCGAGUCGCCACACUCUGCUGGCAGCGUCUGCCUUCGCGGUUGCAGGCGUUGUCUUCAUCUUCCGGCCCCUGGAGCACCUAACCUUCACCCACUGGUACGUGCCUGAAAAGUCCCACCCGACGAGCUGGGGUGCCGUGCUCUCGGUCGGGCUGCUGGUGCUGGCAUACUCGGUGGGCCUGUGCCACCUCCCGGCGUUGCUGACCGGCGAGCUCAUGCCUUCGAAGAUACGUCUGCUGGGCUCCUCUGUCGUCUGGUCGUCGCGCUGGCUCGUGACCUUUCUGCUGCUGCACUUCGACGUCGACGUGCUCGCCGUUUUGCAGCAGCGGGGACCGCUGCUAGCGCUAAGCCUCACCAUAGUAGUCGUCGCCGCAACCGCCAUAGUCCUGAUACCCGAAACCGAAGGCCAAACGCUAGCGCAGAUUGAACGUGGGCAGCUGACCCAUGUACAAGCAUAAUUUUUUUCCUUAUUCCUUAUCAAGUACUGACAAUUAUUUAUUUAUAUUAUAUUAUGAGCCAAUAACUUCCCCAUUUUUCAUGACAUUCUUGAUAAAAAAAAGUAUGAAUUUCAA